GGCGUCGCUGGGCAUCUCUCCCAAGGGCUGUGAACUCCCAGCUUUGUGCUUGCUCCUCCAAACAUGCAGCGGCUGUUGACUCCGGUGAGGCAGGUCCUACGAGUGAACACAGCACUGCGGGAGGCCUCCCUGGCACCUGCUCGCCUGCUCCCCGCAGCCCAGCAAAGGUUCUCCACAGUCUCUGCUGCCCCCCUGGCCAAAACAGAUACCUGGCCAAAGGAUGUGGGCAUCCUCGCCAUGGAGGUCUACUUCCCAGCCCAAUACGUGGACCAGACUGACCUGGAGAAGUUUAACAAUGUGGAAGCAGGAAAGUAUACCGUGGGCUUGGGUCAGACCCAGAUGGGCUUCUGCUCGGUCCAGGAGGACAUCAAUUCCCUCUGCCUGACAGUAGUGCAACGGCUGAUGGAGCGCACACAGCUCCCGUGGGACUCCGUGGGCCGGCUGGAAGUGGGCACAGAGACCAUCAUUGACAAGUCCAAGGCUGUCAAAACGGUGCUCAUGGAACUCUUCCAGGACUCAGGCAACACAGACAUCGAAGGCAUAGAUACCACCAAUGCCUGCUAUGGUGGCACUGCCUCCCUCUUCAACGCCGCCAACUGGAUGGAGUCCAGCUAUUGGGAUGGUCGCUAUGCACUGGUGGUCUGUGGCGACAUCGCAGUCUAUCCUGACGGUAAUGCCCGACCUACAGGUGGGGCUGGAGCUGUGGCAAUGCUGAUUGGGCCCCAUGCCCCUCUGGCCUUGGAGCAAGGGCUUCGGGGCACCCAUAUGGAGAACGCGUAUGACUUCUACAAACCAAAUCUGGCCUCCGAGUACCCGCUGGUGGAUGGGAAGCUGUCCAUCCAGUGCUACUUUCGGGCACUGGAUCGAUGUUACACAGCAUACCGCCAAAAGAUCCAGAAGCAGUGGAAGCGAGACGGCAUCGACAGACCUUUCACCCUCGAUGAUCUGCAGUACAUGAUCUUCCACACCCCCUUUUGCAAGAUGGUCCAGAAAUCUCUGGCUCGCCUGGUGCUCAAUGACUUCCUGUCAGCCAGCGACGACACCCAAUCCAGCGUAUACAAGGGGCUGGAGGCCUUCAGGGGCCUGAAGCUGGAAGAUACCUACAACAACAAGGAAGUGGAUAAAGCUCUUCUGAAGGCCUCUCUGGACACGUUCAACAAGAAGACCAAGGCCUCCCUUUACCUCUCCACACACAACGGGAACAUGUACACCUCAUCCCUGUAUGGGUGCCUGGCCUCACUCCUGUCCCACCACUCUGCGCAGGAGUUAGCGGGCUCCCGGAUUGGCGCCUUCUCUUACGGCUCUGGCUUAGCAGCAAGCCUUUUCUCAUUCCGCGUGUCCCAGGAUGCUUCUCCGGGCUCUCCUCUGGAGAAACUGGUGUCCAGCAUAUCAGACCUGCCAAAACGCCUGGCCUCCCGGAAGCGGAUGUCUCCUGAGGAAUUCACAGAAAUAAUGAACCAAAGGGAGCAAUUCUACCACAAGGUGAAUUUCUCACCACCCGGUGACACAAAGAACCUUUUCCCAGGCACUUGGUACCUGGAGCGAGUGGAUGAGCUCCAUCGCCGGAAGUAUGCCCGGCGUCCCAUCUAGAUGUGAUCAGUACAGUUGUUUCUGGGAAGAGUGUGCUAGCAGACUGUCUGCCCACAAAUCCUAUUUGCAAAUCUUGCUUGUAGCCGGUAACGGUAGCCCCUGCACACAUCGCCCCUGUGGUGAGGAGCCAUCCUUCAUGGGUCCUUCGGCGCGUCUCCCUGAUGCAGUCACUGGCACAGGAUCGUGAUGGAAAGGGCCUGGGCUCCCUGUGAAAACACAGAUGCAGGAAUGGAGAGGAGGCCCCCUCUCGUAUACCGGCCUCCAGAAACGUGGCGGAUCAGUUGUCUUCUUCACGAUCCACAAAAGUUUCCUAUCGUAUGUCGUGGUUUUAUUAGCAUUGACAAAUUCCUGAGUUGUUAAAGCUUUAUUCAUUUUCUAAGGUUUCCUGGAUAUUACUAAUACAAGGCUACUUCAAAGGGCUGGUGGAAAAAUGGAAUUAAAAGACAAACUUAUUUUGGUGCAAAAAAAUUUGAAGUCUUUGCAUAAUACAUACCGUCCAUGAAUUUUUGAAGAUCCCUCAUAUGCAUGGAUUUCAAGAUUGUUUUGCAUCCAGGGCAGGCAUUUGGUGCAGCAGCUAAGCCACUGCUUUGGACAGUCACAUUUUUCCAUAGAUGGGCUGUGGCCGGCAUGUGGGGAGUGAGCCAGCAGAUGGGAGAUUUCCGUCUGUCUCUCUCUCUCAAAGUGAAAUUUUUUAAAAAACAGCUUUUUGCAUUAAAAUGAAUUCAGCUUAUAAUCCAUUUUCCAUGAACAUUUUGAAGUACCUUAAUAUAUGGCAAUUAAGAAGAGAGAAGGAGGGGCUGGCGCUGUGGUGAAGCAGGUAAAGCCGCCUCUUGCAGUGCCGGCAUCCCGUAUGGGCGCCAGUUCAAGACCCAGCUGCUCCACUUCCAAUCCAACUCUCCGCUGUGGCCUGGGAAGGCAGUGGAAGACAGUCCGAGUCCCUGGGCCCCUGCACCCGUGUGGGAGACCUGGAGGACACUCCUGGCUCCUGCCUUCAGAUUGGCACAGCUCUGGUGUUGUGGCUGGUUGGAGAGUGAACCAGCGUAUGGAAGACCUCUCUCUCUCUCUCUUUCUCUCUCUCUCUGCCUCUCCUCUUUCUGUGUAACUCUGAAUUUCAAAUAAAUAAAUAAAUCUUUAAAACAUUAAAAAAAAGAGAGAAGGAGAAGAUUACCCCUGUAUAUCUUGGAAAAUACAGUACCCUACUUCUUGGAAAAUCCAAGACCAAGAAGAGCACAUGUACUGACAUAUACAUAACUCUGGUCUGACUCACCUGUGCCUUCCUGCCUUCCCUUUCAGAUUCCAUUGUAUUUCUGCCAUAUGCCAAGUACUAUGACAUCCGCAAGGCAAAUAACCUGGUGAAGCAGUUUCCCCAGCUUACUUCCCUGCCCUAGAGACACUGGCCCUAGGCAAGCGUUCACAUCAGUGGUUGAGCCUCCACCUGGGAUGCUUGCAUUCCGUGCCGGAGUGCCUGGGUCAAGUCCCAACUCAGCUUCCAAGUCCAGCUUCCUGCUAGUGUGCAUCCUGGGAGGCAGCAGGUGAUGGCUCAAGUAUUUGGCUCCCUACACCCAUGGAGGAGACCCAGACUGAGUUCCAGGCUCCAGGUUUCUGCCUGUUCUAGCCUUGGCUGUUGCAGGCAUUUAGGGAGUGAGACUGUGGUUGGAAGAUCUCUCUCUAUCUUUAUGUCUUUCUGUGUGUCUGCCUUUCAAAUAAAAUGAAAACAAGUAAAUAAAGAAAGAUACUGUCCAGACAGGGGCCAGCAGGAGUUAGAGAUCAGAAUCUCCUUGGCCAUAUCGUGCCUGUUUUAUCUGGACAAAUAAGCCGAGGAAAAUGGGUUAAGUUUCUGUCUCCUCCAUUUGGAUAAAACCUGCAGGAAACUUUCCAGUAGGGCAUUGAGUCCCUCCCCCAUUGAGUGAGGAUACAGCUUUUCCCAGGGUCCUUUUAGUCAAACAGCAACGAUUUGGAGAGAUGGGAUUGAGCAGAGCAGGGGAGAUGAAGGGGGGUGAGGGUAGUAGGUUGUUGCUGUUUAUUUCCCCUUGAGGGUUUCCUCAGGCACCCCAAUGAGAAAAGGAAGCUUUGGAGAAGACAGAGCCAUUUCUGCAUGAAGAGCAAGCCCUGCUGGCCCGGGAGGCAGAGGGACAUACAUGGGAAAGAGGCUGGGCCCGCCCCCUUCCUUGUUCCGCUCAAGGCUGCACAAGUCUCAACAACCACCUGCCUAUCUGAAAUCAACCAAUUUGAGCAGCUAAUCCAGCAUGUGCUGAUGGUCAGCCCAGUCCUCUCUCAAGUUGCUGCUGAGGUUGUGUUUGCUACACCAGCUGCCGUCCGCCAGCCCUUCCCCGCCACCCUCUGCACCUGCUCACCCUCAGCAGGUGUCUGGUAGGCACUUCUGGCAGGGGGGACGUCGGCCUCUCUUAAGGCUCUGGAGCAGCGCCGGUAUCUGUGGCGGAUGUUGGAGACCAUGGAAAGGUUGCCAUGCUGAAACUGCCUCUGGUGGCCUUGGCAACCAAGGACCUUCCACACCACUGGCCGCUGGUGCCAGGUUUGCCUCCACUAUGCUGGACAUUUGGACACACCCAUGUUCUUAAAGAUGCUUAAAAACCAGGCAUCAGGGCACUGACCAAAGGGAUGGAUGCUGUCCUUGCACGUGCACGACAGCUGAAUUUCAGCCCUGCUCCACCUGCUUAUCACCACCAUUGCACCUGCAGAUUUCCCCCUCCCCUCUCACUCCUCUUCACCAAGUUUUGUGCUGAGCCCAGGGCCUUGUGCUGGCAGUGCUGAGAUCCUCUGCGUGAAAACUGGAGCCAGCCUGCUCUGAACAAGGCCCUCUCCAUGAGGCAUGGACAGACCCAGAGGAAACGGGUUUCCAAUUGCCCUGCCACCAUUUUCACCCUGAAACUUGGCGAUGCCACGCAAAUGAAAAAUCACCCAGGGGGACCAAGAGCAGGAAUGAGGAUGAACGAAGGUCAGAUAAGCACUGAGCCAUUUUCCACUCACCUCAGAUAGGAAGGUGCAGCAAGGUCUGGGAAGAGGGAAGUUUAGAAUGGCCCAGCCCACUGAGCACGAGGCAACUUCCGGUCUCUAGGGGAUACGUUAAAACACACACACACACUUCUCAAUCUUCAAGCUCAGAGAGUCAGGACUGAGCUCAGUUCCCCAGUGCAGCCCCAGCAUUUGCCCAGCCUCCAACACUGAGCUUUAGCAUGCACACAGCACUCAGGAGAAUGAAACAAAACUCUAGAGUUCAGCAUGCAGAGAUGCCACAAGCCACAGAGCAACAGAGGAUGGCUCCCUCUGUCUCCGUAACACCAGCUGGAUUUGAAAACCAAUCCUGCACUUCAAAUUUGGGAAAAUUUAUGUGGGCAGCCGCAAGACAAGUGAUGCAGUAAGAUUGUCCCUGCCUUCUAGUGUGACCCAUGUUUAGGAAGCUAUUUUGAGAUGCUCAAGAAAGUUGUUUCUGGAAUUGUCCUGACUACCUUAGUGCAGAAGGCGGCUUUGUCUGAGGAUGUUUGGAAGAGGCUGGGAAGCUGAACAUUAGGCUCAAUUCUUAACUGAAUUUUUAAUCUCUUCAACCUUAGCCUGUUUUUCUAGCAGUCAGAGGACUCCAGGGACCACUCAGCAGAUGCCACGUGAGGCACCACUAUUUUCCCAAUGGGAAGAAGUGGAUUGUCUGAUGUGAGCUCACUGUGUCCAGACCUGGCUGGACACCAUGGCAAUGAGGGCCCUGGGAGGUCUCUGGUUGACGUGGGUUCUACCUAAGAGAGAGACCAGCUCCUCUACUCUCUGAUAGGCAUGGGAAGGAGAAACCUAUGUUCAUCACAAGCCCAGAGACUUUGCCAUAAAUGACUUUUUAAUCCAUGAGACCCUCACUGCAGCUCAUUAUCCUCCUACAGAUGAGGAGCAAGGGCUUGGGACAACUGUAGCUGCCCAGAACUCUCCUUGGUACUCCUGUCUGAAUCGUCCUCCAAGUCCUGAGAGCUCACUGCAGGUGCCAGCAUAGCCUUUACUGUUGGAGUCCCUGCUGGCUCCAAACUCUGUCACAGCACAAGGCCAAAGGUGGGUUUGGUCUGGCCAGUGUGAAACAGUUGUCCUGAGCCAUGUUCUCUUAAGAAGGAAGGGUAGAGGUGCAGGUAUUGUGGUACAGAGAGUUAAGCCACUACUGCAAUGCUGGCAUACCAUAUGAGUGCUGGUUUGCAUCUUGCAAUGCUGCAUACCAUAUGAGUGCUGGUUUGCAUCCUGGCUGCUCCACUCUGAACCAGCUCCCUGCUAACUAAUGCACCUUGGAAAGUAGCAGUUUCCUGCCAUGCACAUGGGAGAUCCAGAUGGAGUUCCAGGCUCCUGGUUUCGGCCUGGCCCAAUCCUAGUCAUUGUGACCAUUUGGAGAGUAAACCAGCAAAUGACAGACCUCUAUCUCUCCCUCUGUAACUCUGCCUUUCAAAUAAAUGAAUAAAUCUUAAAAAAACAAAAUGGGGGGUGGAGAGUAGAGAAGCAGGUGCUGUGAUACCACGGCUAAGCCACCACUUAGGAUGCCCACAUCAAUAUUGCAGUGCCUAGGAUCAGGCCCCACCUCUACUUCUAAUCCAGCUCCCUGCUAAUGCACCCUGGGAGGCAGCAGAUGAUGGUCCUCGUGGGAGACCCGGAUACAGUUCCUGGCUCCUGGCUUCUGCUGGAUCCAGCCCUGGCUGUCAUGGGCAUUUGGGAAGUGACCCAGAGAAUGGAAGACUUCUUUCAAAAUGUGCAACCUUUGUAAGCAAGUGCUAUUUUGCUAUCUCUCAUGAAAGUCACCUUAAAAGAAAUAAUAAUGUCGUGUCCAGCCCACACUGAAAUUGCUUGUGCACCUGCCAGAUAUUCUCACAUCCUAUGCCUUUACACAAGCUCUCUUCCCUUCACAAAAUCCUUCCAAUAUUCUCAGCACAAAGCUCCUCUUCCUCUGAAUUCAAGAGAAUUCUCUGUACCCCCGGGGUUGCAGCACCUCACUCAUGCGUACAGGGACAUUGGCAUGCUGUCCCUCCCACCACAAGAUUGUUAUGGGAGAGGAGUCAGGGUGAAUUCCAGACAAAGUACCUAGUCCAGCACCUGGCACAUAAUGCUGUGCAUAUUUGGGGAAUUUUACUUUCUGAUGUGCAUAUGUAUUCCCAGAUGGAAAUAAUGUGAAAUACCUAGGAAUCUGUAAUACCUUGAAAUAUACCAUUGAAAAUACCAUUGUAAGAAA